AGUUUGUACAGUUUUCAUUGCUUUACAAGAAUAUGGGUAAGACAACAUCUCAUUGUACUACAUUACCGAAUCUCGACUCUUCCUCUUACAUCAAUACCGAUUAAAGACCAAGAACAUGGUGACACCCAUAUCUCGGUAAUCAGAAGGUAUUAACCCAAACCCAAUACAGAUAUAGAUCCGUCGCGAGAAGCUCUACAAAACCUGAUAUAUAGCUUUCUGCUUCAACAUAAUUUUGAAAACCGGCAGGGUCCUUUAAGGCACUGCUCACACCUCCCUUCGGUCGGCGUUCGUACCCACAAUAAGAUAAAACGCUUUCUGCUUUCUGUAUUAAUCCGGUGAUGUAUUGUUGCAUUCCUUCAUUCCUGCCUUUCUGUAUUCCUGCCAGCCUGUAUUCCUGUUUUUCUCAGUACUAUACCAAGUUAGAAAUCAUCGGACAACAAAAGUUCGCUUGAAUUUCACAUCAUAUCGCGAUGUUCGAAACAUUUUAGAUCCUGGCUGCCCGCGUUUGUGCAUACAAUUAAAUCAUACAGAAUACGCGGUAAACAUAUAUCCGACACAGGUCCGUUAACCAAACAGGAGCUGUUGGAGGCACGUACAGUAGAAAAUAUUGAUGUUUUCGAAGCAAUUCAGUCGGAUGAGGCAACAGCAAGUGAACAUAAUGUUCAGUCCGUGUCAGCUGGUGGUGCAGAAACAUCGAUGCUUUCUAACGUCGAAGAAUAG